CAUUUCCAACCACCCCUAUUUUUGUAUUUGGUCUGCCCCGAGCCUUCAGCUCAGAUCCCGGACCAGCAUGAGGAAGUGAAGGGCGGUGGUUGAGAAAAGCAGCAGCACCGGGCUAGCCGUCUACAACCGAACAGUUGUCAGGAAAAUAAAAAUCAGUCAAAAUGUCGAGCAAAAGGGCAAAGAAGACCACCAAGAAGCGCCCCCAGCGCGCCACCUCCAAUGUCUUCGCCAUGUUUGACCAGUCUCAAAUUCAGGAGUUCAAAGAGGCCUUCAACAUGAUCGACCAGAACCGCGAUGGCUUUGUGGACAAAGAGGACUUGCACGACAUGUUGGCAUCGCUGGGGAAAAAUCCCACAGAUGAUUAUUUGGAGGCCAUGAUGAACGAAGCUCCUGGACCCAUCAACUUCACCAUGUUCCUCACAAUGUUCGGGGAGAGACUCAACGGCACAGACCCUGAAGAUGUGAUCAGAAAUGCAUUUGCCUGCUUUGAUGAGGAGGGAACAGGCUACAUCCAAGAAGAUUACCUCAGAGAGCUGCUGACGACAAUGGGCGACCGGUUUACAGACGAGGAGGUGGACGAGCUGUUCAGGGAGGCUCCCAUUGACAAGAAGAACAACUUCAACUAUGUGGAGUUCACACGCAUCCUAAAGCACGGUGCCAAGGACAAAGACGAUUGAAGAGCCUCUGCUGUGCAUUCCUGCUCCUUCUCUCUCCACCUUCCGUCAGCUUGACCACCAGGCUGCGUUUCUCCAGUAAAACCCCCCUCAAGUCUAAAGAAAACCAAAGCAAUAACUAUCCACUGUAUCUGUUGAACGUUCACCAAACCUACAUUUGAUCAUCUCUAAAGCAGCCAGCUGUUUGCCAUGUAGAGAUGUGAGGUGGUGGGAUACCAUCGGAUAAGUCGUUGCUGUUCCUGCCAUCCGGUUGAUCUGAAUUUUUACAUUUUAUAAUAUAAACUUUUUAAAUAAAUCCCUUUAUCAACUUGUACUCUUCUGUUUACCUCCUAUAAAUGACAACUGAAGUAAAA